AUGGCCUCAAGCGGAAACAAGAACAUCAACUCCAAGCUGGUGCUUCUCGGAGAUUCUGGAGCUGGAAAAUCCAGUCUAGUCCUGCGAUUUGUAAAGGGACAAUUUAUUGAAUUUCAGGAAUCAACUAUUGGUGCUGCAUUUUUCUCACAAACAGUGGCUGUGAAUGACACAACUGUAAAAUUCGAAAUAUGGGAUACAGCUGGUCAGGAGAGAUAUCACAGCUUGGCUCCAAUGUACUAUCGGGGAGCUGCUGCUGCCGUGAUUGUCUAUGAUAUAACAAACCAAGAAUCCUUUGAGCGGGCAAAAAAUUGGGUUCGGGAGCUUCAAGCGCAAGGAAACUCAAACACGGUUAUGGCACUUGCUGGGAACAAGGCUGAUUUAAUAGAUGCAAGAAAGGUGCCAGAAGAGGCAACACAAACCUAUGCACAGGAGAAUGGGCUUUUCUUUAUGGAAACCUCUGCAAAAACUGCAACAAAUGUCAAUGAACUAUUUUAUGAAAUAGCAAAGAGACUACCUCGUCUGCAGCCAGCACCAAACCCAUCAGGCAUGGUUCUUGUGGAUAAUCAGAGUCCAUCAGAGAGGGCAGCCAGUGCUUCUUGUUGCUCUUAA